ACUAAUUGUUAUACUGGGUCUAAUCCAAUCUUUUAGUGAUUCCCUUCGAAGACAGACGCCCGAACUGUUGAGAGAGUGAGAGCAAGCCUGCAGUGUGUGUGUGAACCGGUCUAUUCAAUUCCUGUGGUUUCAUCAGUGCUAACCAACAUCUAAGACCAUUUGGUACAUAUUAGUGAACAAGUGGAAUUCAGCGUUAUUGUGAAACUAUCUGUAUAGUUUGAAUGGGAAUUUGAAAAUAAAGAUGGGUAGAAGAAAAAACAAACAUAACAAACAAGAGAUCUCACCUCCAAAUGAAAAUAGGCAAGAUCCGCCAAUUCUUAAACCUGAAAAAAAUCCAAAAAUACAAAGAGAUUUAAAAAAAGAUACUUCUGACAGUAAGAAAGUGGAUUGUAUAACAGAUAUUCCAAAAAUAAAUGAAACAGGAGCUAUGGAAUUACAAAAUGAAAUAAGUUUUGAAACCUACCAUCCUUCAAGUGAAAGAUUCACAGGAAGAGAAUAUUACCUAUACUCAUUGUGUCAGGUAUGCAAAAGAGAGCUAGUAAAAAAAGUGACUUGCCCCAAGUGUAACUUGAUCUCAUACUGCUCACAGGAGCAUCGGCGAGAACACUGGCCGAGCCACGCUGACCUUUGUGAUGCAGUUGUGGCAGUAUGUGUAGACAGAGGUGUGAAGCACAUCAUGCAAGGUGCUCAUAACCUGCCACCAGACAAAUUUAGGAUUUUUCGUUUCAAAAACAUGAUAGACUGUGAGACUAAGGUGGAGAGACCAUUGGAGGGGUGGGAAAAAGAAAUGUUUAUCUUUCCAAAUGUGUGUGGAAUUUGCAAAGAAUAUAACAACUUAGUUGUUUGUAUCAACUGCAAGCACAACAGUUUUUGUGCAGGACAUCAAGAGAAGAGUAACCACAGUCAGUGGUGUGAGCAUGUGCUUCAAUUCAAACGGAUUGUGGAGGACCAAAGUAAGUUUGGAGUUGUUCGUCCGUCCAUCCCAGUUUGUGAAAUACAACCAUUACUUCCAAAACUGUCCGACAUCAACUGUUUCUUUCAAAGCAUCUGUAAAUACUUGGAAAAGUUUGAAUAUUUACAACUAACAGAAAUAGCUACUUGUCCACUUACUGCUCUAAACACCAUUUUCAAGACAAAAACAGAACUGCUCAGCACAAAGAAAAUAUCAUUACACAUUGUUGGCGCUGAAUCGGACUUUGAAACAAGCAACUUAGAAAAAUGGGAGUAUUACUUUCUACAUUUGAUUCCAAAUUUAGAACACUUACAAGUUGAAUUCAUUGGACCAGAACUGAAUGCUAAGACUGAAAAUGAAAAGUACACUGUGUGCAAACAAUGCCGGAUUAGAAAUAAAUCUAUAAGCUUCAAAUUUUAUAACAAUUUAUACCAUUUGUGUUCAGGUAAAUCCAAACCGGACUUGGUCUGUGUAUUCAACCCCGGUCUGUACCGGUCAACUGGGUUUAACGGUGCAGACACUUGGAGCCCCAGUAUAACAAACAUGCUUGCUUAUAGUUCACCAGUUCUUGUGACAGAAUAUACCCAGAAAGAAAUUCUUAUGGACAUUGAAAGAGUUAAUGCAACAAGACAGAUUCUGUUAAAAAGUGGUCCCUCUCGUAAUCCAUUUUCUAGUUUGAAACCCAGCCUUAAUUUUGUAAGUGAUGAAGAAUCGCCAGUAAUUUUUAAGAACUAUUUUCACUGUGUAAUGUAAUGUACAACUCUAAGAUGUGAUAUUAAAAAGAUGAAAAUGCCCCAGGAUAUAAUAGCAUUUUGUUUUCUUUCAGAAUUAUAGAAUUUUUGGACA